AGCUUAUGGACGCAAUAAAUUUCCCGAAAUUUUCCAAAGACUUUUUUGAGGAAGUUGUGGACGAAGAUAUUCGUCCUCCCCAGCUUUCUUUCGAGAUGGCUCCAACAAGGUCUGGUUUUCACUGGCGCGUAGAGGCACUAAAUGCCUCAUUAUGGAGCGCUCUGAUACAAGGCAAAAAGCUUUGGGGUCUUUAUCCACCAUCAAAGUACUAUGUACCGGGAGUAAAUCACAAUAAUCAUCGAACACAGACCUCUCAGCAGUCUGAGUCAUUUACCUGGUGGAUUUAUACUAGACCUGAAUUACAAGAUGAUCACAAACCACAAGAAUGUGUACAGGAGGCAGGGGAGAUACUUUACAUCCCUUCAGGGUGGUGGUGGAGCAAUGUUAACGUAGACGACACGAUUACCAUACAGAAAUCCAUUUGCGACCAAACAAACAUCCGAUCCUGUAUGGAAGAGUUGAAAGAAUUAGCUGACAGUGUUGCAGAGAACUUCCACGCUGAUGUAUAUAUCCAGUUACGUAACUACUUGGCGAUAUAUGACCCAGGGUUUCUUACUGAUGACGACCGACAAUUUAAGUCUCCUAUAAGAGGUCUGGGACAAACUAACAGUGAUCACGGAGAGAAUUUCCAUCAAAAUGUGUGGAAGAAAUUCUUUGAGGAAGGGGUUGAUGAUGCCAAAUUCUCAAGCAAUCGCGAUGAUGAGGCGAAUGUACAUGAGUGAACUCGCUACUGUGUAUGCCAUUCUGGCUGCAGAUCUCGUUCAUUUUCUCUCAAAUCAGAACAAUUAAGGAUUUGUAUAGAAUCUGAAAUAUCAGAGCUGAAAAAUGUCACUAUCCUGCUCGGGG